AUGAUUAUGCCUUCCUAAUUCGCUGUUUCUGAUCGUUAACUUUUUGAUUUUAAGAAACCUCAGAAUAACUCAGAUUCAGAAGACGAAUAGCAAUAGUAAUAGCUUCUCUUGCAAAAUGGUUACAAAGAAACCAAAAGAUAGAAAAAGUUUUUGGAUAUUGAAGCCAUUAAAUAAGAGCUAAACAAUAGACCAUAAAUAGAUUAUGAAAAUACUCCCAAGGUUGGUAAAAAGCCAUCUCGAUUGAUGGCCAAAAGUCUGCCUAAUUUUAUAUUUCCCACUUCUCCAGUAUUGAUAGAAUAAUUGCAGAUGGUUAGAGCCAUCAGAUUGAUGAAAGAGCAAGUUCCGCCUGAAGUUUUGAAUAAGGUUUUCUCUGAAUUAAGAUAUUUAUAUGUUCCUGCCAAUACUGCUGUGUAUAGGUAAGGAGACCAAAAUAAAAAAUAUUACAUCAUCUUGGAUGGUAAAUGUGUGGUAAUGAAACCCAGAGAGAAAAUGGUUGGUUCCAAAAAGUUAGAGCAGGAAUUAGAGGGCAAGGCGUAAAUAUAGUUGAUGCGAAGGAAUGAUCCUGAUCCCUAUGGUUUGAAGAGUGCAUUUCCAGAUUACAUCAUUCUUAAAGUCCUAAUAAAUGGAGAUUCUUUCGGUGAAGCAGCAAUCAAAUUGGAUAUAGCAAGAUCCUCUACUGUGUUUGCCAUUGAAAACUCUCAUCUUUUAUUUUUGAGCGAACAAGCCUAUAUUACUCUCCUCGAUCCCUACUUAAGUAAGUCUUUGGAUGACAAAAUAUUGUAUUUCACCCAAACUCCAAUUUUCAAGGAAGUGGAGUUCGAAUUAAAUGAAAUUAUGGGAAUCCUAUUAGAGUCCCAUCAAAUCACUUAUAAAGCAUCAGAAAUUCUCUAUGAAGAAAAUGAAAGAUCCAAUCACAUAUACUUCAUCAUUAAUGGCUAAGUUGAAUUGUCAAAAUAAAUGAAUUCUAAACAUCUAGUUCUCUCCUCUUAUGGUGAAAAUCAGCAUUUUGGAGAUGUCGAAGUCUUCCACAAGAUACCUAGAUAUACAAGAGCGAGAGUGAUAUCUCCUAGACUCAUUGUAUAUAAAAUUAGACAAUCUAAAUUCUUUGACAACUUAGGCAAUAUACACAUAUAUGAAAAUUUCAAAGGUACAACUAAAGUGAUACUCAAACAUUGGACUCUUAUUUACCAAACAGCCAAAUCUCAGAUAAUCUAAAAAGAUGAAAUCUAUCAAGCAGCUCAAGAUCAAUUAACUAAUCGAAGGAAUGAUGCUUCCAAAAAGAUUGUCAAUAAAAAGAUUAUAGAAGUCUAGGGCGAUAAACUCAGUCAAGUCAAGGUCUUCUAAAAUCUAGCUGACAGCAACUUUUAGGAUGUCAACUCAAUUGGAAAUUCUCCUAAUAAAACUAUUUUAUAAAGGGUCUAUAGUAAUGCUCUCCAACAAUAUUAAGCUAGAUUACUUAAAAAACCUUAACAAACUCAAUGUAACGAUGAUCAUUGCAUCAGAAGUCAAAAAGAAAAAACAUUUUCCACCGAAAGAGCGAGUCCAGGUAGAAAAAGUAGCUAGUUGAAUCUUAAAUUACCUACAAUGAUGUCCAAUACAUCAUCCAAUUCCAAAGUAGAUUUGAAUUAGGUUUUUGAGUCAAUUAGUAAAUUGCCAAGAAUUCCAAGAGAUAAUCUAGUCCUCUCUUUGAUGUACCAAUAAGCAUACAAGUCAGAGAAUCCAGAAAAAAAGGCCAAAUAGAUUUAAUAAGUUAUUUAAGCUUCAUUUCGGAAUGUCAGAAGAGAUUUUGAAUCGAAGGAGAAAGUUGUUUCUAAUUGGAAAUAUAAAUCUGCUGAUUCAAUUAUUAAGAAUCUAAAAUUAAGUGAUGCAAGUGAAGAAAAGAGACUUAAAGAAGACUAUAUGAAUUUUGUCUAAUCUAAAAGACUAUCUUGAAUGUUAUAAUUUAUUUAAAUUAUAUCAAAACAAAUAAUUUUAUGUCAGAAAA